AUGGCGGAAGAGCAUAGAUGCCAGGCGCAGAAGCUGUGCGUGAACAACUGCGGAUUCUUCGGGAGCCCCACCACGCAAAACCUGUGCUCCAAGUGCUACCGUGAUCUGCAGCACAAGGAACAGCAAGCCCUCUCUCUCAACCAAACCAUCAUCUCUGCUGCUGCGGCGGCGGCGACCUCCUCUUCGUCUUCGGCUUUCUUUCCUUCGUCACCGGUCUCCGUCGCGACGCAGCAGAGCGAGCGCGUGGUCGUCGACGCGAAGGUAGAGGAGGAAGAGAAGAAGGAGGAGGUGGCGGCGGUGCCCGCGGCGGCGAGUCAGGCGAACAGGUGCAUGGCGUGCAAGCGGCGCGUGGGGCUGACGGGGUUUAAGUGCAGGUGCGGGAUGACGUUCUGCGGGACGCACAGGUACCCGGAGCAGCACGCGUGCGGGUUCGACUUCAGGAGCAUGGGGAGGGAGCAGAUAGCCAAGGCCAAUCCGGUCAUCAGGGGCGAGAAGCUGCAGAGGAUCUGA